UAUUUGUCUUUAAAGAACCAAUGAUUUUCACAUUUCAGCUACUCACACUGGGACUUGCCAUUUCUGUGGAGAGAGAGAGAGAGAGAGAGAGAGAGAGAUGGAGGUGAAGUCUAGUUUGGUGGAAUUGGUGCCCUUUGCAGCCAUGGUGAUGGUGGAGAUUAUGGAUGUGGGGUUGACCACACUGAGUAAAGCAGCCAUGUCCAGAGGAAUGAGCCACUUUGUCUUUGUUGUCUACUCAAAUGCUCUUGCCACUCUCAUCCUCCUCCCCUCUUCUUUCAUCAUCCACAGAAACAAGAGACCACCACUUACCUUUUCUGUUCUAUGUAAAUUCUUCCUUCUCAGCCUUGCUGGGAUAACUGUUAUGCAGAAUUGUGUAUUCACUGGAGUAAGCUACAGCUCUCCUACUCUUGCUUCUGCCUUGGGCAACUUGGUCCCAGCUUUCACCUUCUUUCUUGCUGUUAUCUUCAGAAUGGAAAAGUUCGAUUUGAGAAACUCAAGAAGCCAGAUCAAAAUCAUGGGCACCCUGGUAUCUAUCUCAGGAGCAUUGAUAGUCACUCUUUACAAGGGUCCUGCAAUUGGGUUCUUGCCAAGCCAAACUGCCAUAGACUCUUCACCACCAAACCCUACUAUGUUGACAUCAAUGAAUAAUUGGGUCAUUGGAGGCCUUUUUCUUACAACAGCUAGCUUAUCUCUUGCCAUAUGGAAUACUGCUCAGGCAGCAAUUCUCAAAGGCUACCCAUCAGAGAUGACAGUAGUUUCCUUCUAUUGCUUCUUUGGGACCAUUCAAUCUGCAAUACUUACUUUGAUUGUAGAAAAGAAUCCAAAUGCCUGGGCACUGAGACUUGACAUGGAGCUCAUCUCAAUCUUGUAUUCAGCUAUUUUUGGAAGUGUAAUAACAUUCUCUACUCUAACAUGGUGCAUACAAAAGAAAGGACCAGUAUUUGUGGCCACGUUCAAGCCUUUGGGGAUUGCUAUUGCUGCCUUAAUGGGUGCCAUCUUCCUUGGUGACACACUCCAUAUUGGAAGUGUUAUUGGAGCAGUGGUAAUUGUAGUGGGUUUCUAUGGAGUAAUAUGGGCGCAAUCAAAGGAGGAAAAAAGUUUGGACCAAAAGAGAGACGAAAAGGAACAGGGUGAAACGCAUGAGGUUGUUGAUAGGCUGCAGUCAUCAUCACAGAGGACGCCUCUCUUGGAGGCCUACACACAACAUGUAUGAAAAUGAAACAAAAUGCAUUCCACACUUGUGUAAGUUGUAGAAAAAUGUUAUAUUGUUCUAAUUAAGCCAAGUUUCUAUGCUUGGAUUAUCCUUAGAUAUACUCAAGAAAUCUUAUGAAUCUCUCCGAUGCUAAAGAAUAAGGUGCUAUUCUAGACU